AUGAUGUCUGAACGAGCUAAGCUUCACACAGCCUUAACUUUUUUACAAUUCUGUCAUGCAGGAAAUCAUAUAUUUCUCAGAAUUGCACUCAAUACAGGAGUCAGCAAGCUUGUUUUUCCUGUCUAUAGAAACAUCACUGCUUUCAUUUUUCUAGCUCCGCUCGCAUAUUUCACUGAAAAGAAAGAUAGGCCACCAAUAACCAGUUAUUGUUUGUUACAGUUUUUCCUACUUGGACUUGUAGGAAUAACUAUGAAAGAAGGAUUUUACCUUGUGGGUUUGGACAAUACAUCGCCAACAUUUGCUUCUGCUAUGCAGAAUUCUGUUCCUGCUCUUACAUUUCUGAUGGCUGUGAUACUAAGAUACGAGAGGUUGCGCUUAAAUAGGAUAAAUGGUAUUGCUAAGAUUCUUGGAGUAGUUGCUUCUGUUGGAGGAGCUUCAAUCAUUACCCUUUACAAAGGACCAACAAUUUAUGCUCCAGAAUCACGUUUAGCAGUACAUCAGAGACGGUUCUUGUUUCUAUUUGAGGAAGCUAAUGGGAAAAAUUUGGGCUUGGGUGGCAUUUUUCUCUUUGGUCAUUGUUUGAGUUGGUCUGGUUGGAUUGUGAUGCAAGCAUAUGUUCUGAAAAAUUAUUCAGCACAACUCACUGUUUCUGCUUUUACUUGCUUAUUUGGUAUUGUGCAGUUUGGGACAAUUGCAGCAUUUCUUGAGAAGGAUCCCAAGGCUUGGCAGCUCAAUUCCAUCGACGAGGCCUAUAGUAUUUUGUACUCGGGAGUGGUGAUUUCAGGGGUGGCAGCAGCAAUACAGAUAUGGACUAUCAGCAAAGGAGGGCCAGUGCUUGCUUCAAUCUAUCUGCCUUUACAGACAUUGCUUGUAGCUUUGAUAGCAUCCAUUGCUUUUGGUGAAGAAUUCUUCUUGGGAGGGAUUAUUGGAGCUAUCUUAAUUAUAACCGGUUUAUACCUUGUUGUAUGGGGAAGAAGUCAAGAAACCAAGUCUGAUGAGCUUGAAAAUCGUCCCGAAGAAAAACUUGAUAGUUCUUUCCUUAUCCAACCGUUAAUUUCUGUGCACAACUCUUAG